CCAGCGCGGCUGUGGGCCGUGGCCGAGGAGGUCAAGGGCAAGCGGUGAGGACCAGUAGGCCCGAUGGGGCAGCGCUCCCUCUCUCCCCCAGCCCGUGGAGAUGGUGGGGAAAAGAUGGUUGCAGCGGCCUCCUGGAAGUCCUAAACAGUUCAUCUUGGUGUACCGUUUUCCUGUUGUGAUUGCAUCAUGGAAAAUCAAUUGGCUAAAUCAACUGAAGAACGAACAUUUCAAUACCAGGAUUCUCUUCCAUCUCUGCCUGUUCCUUCACUUGAAGAAUCAUUAAAAAAAUAUCUUGAAUCAGUAAAACCAUUUGCAAAUAAAGAAGAAUAUAAAAAAACUGAAGAAAUUGUCCAAAAAUUUCAAGAUGGUAUUGGAAGAAAAUUGCACCAGAAAUUACUUGAAAGGGCAAAAGGAAAAAGAAAUUGGCUGGAAGAAUGGUGGCUGAAUGUUGCCUAUCUGGAUGCUCGUUUACCGUCACAACUGAAUGUCAAUUUUGCUGGUCCUACACCUUAUAUUGAACACUACUGGCCUCCAAAGGAAGGGACUCAGUUGGAAAGAGGAAGUAUAAGUCUUUGGCAUAACUUGAACUACUGGCAGCUAUUAAGAAAGGAAAAAGUGCCUGUUCAUAAAGUUGGAAAUAAUCCUCUAGAUAUGGAUCAAUUCCGAAUGGUGUUUUCCACAUGCAAGAUUCCAGGGAUUACCAGAGAUUCAAUUAUGAAUUAUUUUAGGACUGAGAGCGAAGGGCAUUCCCCAACUCACAUUACGGUGCUUUGUCGAGGCCGAGUUUUUGUCUUUGAUGUAAUGCAUGAAGGAUGUUUGAUGACUCCACCAGAGAUUCACAGGCAACUGACAUAUAUUCACAAGAAGUGCCAUAGUGAACCCGAUGGACCUGGGAUACCAGCAUUAACCAGUGAGGAGCGAACCCAAUGGGCUAAGGCACGAGAAUAUUUGAUUAGUCUUGAUCCGGAGAACUUGACUAGGUUAGAAAAAAUUCAAAGCAGUUUACUGGUGUUUUCCCUAGAGGAUAGCAGUCCACAUGUAACGCCAGAAGAUUAUUCUCAGGUAACUGCAAUGAUUCUUGCAGGAGAUCCAACAUUACGCUGGGGAGACAAAUCUUAUAACUUGAUUUCCUUUUCCAAUGGAGUAUUUGGAUGUAAUUGUGAUCAUGCUCCUUUUGAUGCGAUGGUUCUAGUAAACAUCAGCCAUUAUGUUGAUGAGAAAAUUGUAGAGAAUGAAGGAAGAUGGAAGGGUUCAGAAAAAGUACGGGAUAUAUCACUUCCAGAGGAGCUCGUUUUCACUGUGGAUGAUAAAAUCCUAAACAACAUUAAACAGGCUGAAGCCCAAUAUCUCAAGCAGGCAUCUGAUCUGCAGAUUGUGGUGUAUGCCUUUACAUCUUUUGGCAAAAAACUAACCAAGAAGAAGAGGCUUCACCCUGAUACAUUUAUUCAGCUUGCACUUCAGCUGGCCUAUUAUAGACUUCAUGGACGCCCUGGCAGCUGCUAUGAAACUGCCAUGACCAGAUACUUUUAUCAUGGCCGCACAGAGACUGUGAGGUCAUGUACAGUAGAAGCAGUCACGUGGUGCCAGUCCAUGCAGGAUCCCUCUACUAGUCCUCUUGAGCGACAACGAAAGAUGUUACAAGCUUUUGCAAAACAUGAUAAAAUGAUGAAAUAUUGUUUGGCUGGAAAAGGAUUUGACCGUCAUCUUUUAGGUCUUUUACUCAUAGCAAAAGAGGAAGAUCUUCCAGUUCCAGAACUCUUUACAGACCCACUUUUCUCCAGAAGUGGAGGAGGUGGAAACUUUGUUCUCUCAACAAGUCUGGUUGGGUAUUCAAGAGUCCUGGGAGUGGUGGUUCCCAUGGUACACAAUGGCUAUGGAUUUUUCUACCACAUCAGAGAUGACAGGUUUAAUGUGGCCAGUACAGCCUGGAAAUCCUGCCCAGAAACUGAUGCAGAAAAGCUGGUUCAGCUGGUUUUUCGUUCUUUCCAAGAUAUGAUGCAGCUGAUGAACACUGCUCAUCUUUAGAGACUAGUCAUUUAUUAAGCAUUUACAAAAAUAUUAAACUGGGUGUGGAGAGUGGGUUGUUGAUGUGAGAUAGAAAGGAAUAUUGAUUUAAGGAAACUUGUUAAAUGUAGAAAUAGGUAGAAUCACGUUUUUUAAAUAUAUUCUCACCUAGAAGAUAAAAAUAGGAUUUUUAAGCUUCCUCUGAUGCAGUAGCAAUGCAAAUUGAUACAAUGAAAUACAGCGUCAUGCAAAAGUUGAAGAUGAGCCUCUCAACAAUGCAAGUCUACAAUUUUUAAUAAUGCAAGUCUUACUCUUAACUUACAAAUAUUUUUGUUGGUACCUGUGUAGGUUAUAAAUCCUCUGACCAUCAUUGUAGAGUCUGUCUUCCAAGCACUUUAACGUUUUCUAGUUGCCAAAGGAUAUAAAGUACAUGAUUAAAUGCUAACUCCCCAUGAAAUCAUUGCCUUCCACAUUCAGCACAGGGAUACAAGCCUGCUUUGUUUGAUGGGAAAGGCCACUACAAUUUACUGGUCAUUUAAAAGUAGAAUUUCUGUUGGAUAUAAGAAUUAGAGGGAGGUUUAUACCCUAUGAUGCAUAUAGACAAAAAACCUAUCAAAAUUCAUUAUAACUAGUUUGUGAAUAUAAAAUGAAAGCACAUAUUUAGAGUUGGUGACUUUAAAAAGAUUGAAUGUUGAAUCAGAUUCUCAGGAUUUUACAGGUUUUUUUCCCCUGCUGUUCAAAAUAGAAAAUAAAGCUGUCAAUCCUAUA